AUUUUCCCCAGUUCUGUAACACAGUUGAGCAAACCUCCAGCUUCUUUAUAUUUUCCUCUUCGAUACACUCGAGGCCCCUCUCUUCGACAUCUCCGCCAAAAAGUAGCGGCGAUUUCUUCAAAGUCUCACACUCUUGCUUUCGCCUUUUAUACUCUAUAACUCCUCGUUCCCUCACACAUUUUCUCACUCCCUUUCUAAUUCUCCGUCCAUUUCUCUCUCUGUCUAAACAUGUCUCAAGUGGUGGCUACUCGCUCGAUCCAAACUUCAUUUUCCAGCCCUAGCCAUGGAUCUCUCCAGACCCAAGUCGAGAAGCUUAUUAAGCCUUCUAGCUUCGCAUCAAAAGUGCUAGCUCGGAAUGAACGGAGCAAGAACUGUAACGCUAUUCGUGUAAAUAUGCCGCAGAUCACUGCUAGGAGAUCUGUGCGUGCCGAGCCUCAAGUCCUCCCCGUUUCUCCUGAAGAUGUUCCUAAGAGUGAGGAGCAACUUCAGUAUCUUCAGGCAAUUCAGCAACUUGGUGACACUUCUGUGGGCAUGUGGUCUAAACCUACUGUAAGGCGCAAGACAAAGAUAGUAUGUACAAUUGGUCCCUCUACAAACACAAGGGAGAUGAUAUGGAAGCUGGCUGAAGCUGGAAUGAAUGUUGCUCGGCUCAAUAUGUCUCACGGAGACCAUGCAUCUCAUCAGAAAGUCAUCGAUUUGGUUAAGGAGUAUAAUGCCCAGUCUAAGGACAACGUCAUAGCCAUCAUGCUUGACACAAAGGGUCCUGAGGUUAGAAGUGGUGACUUGCCCCAACCAAUCACAUUGCAACCUGGACAGGAAUUCACUUUCACAAUUAAGAGAGGGGUGGGCACAGCUGAUUGUGUCAGUGUCAACUAUGAUGACUUUGUAAAUGAUGUUGAAGUAGGAGACAUGCUUCUCGUUGAUGGGGGCAUGAUGUCUUUACAGGUGACAUCCAAGACAGAAGAAUCUGUGAAGUGUGAAGUUGUUGAUGGGGGGGAACUUAAAUCAAGGAGACAUCUAAAUGUUCGAGGGAAAAGUGCCACACUUCCCUCUAUUACUGAAAAGGAUUGGGAUGACAUCAAGUUUGGAGUGGACAACAAAAUUGACUUUUACGCUGUUUCCUUUGUCAAAGAUGCAGCAGUGGUCCAUGAACUGAAAAAUUAUUUGAAGAGCUGUGGUGCAGAUAUUCAUGUUAUUGUGAAAAUUGAGAGUGCAGACUCCAUACCAAAUUUGCAUUCAAUAAUUACUGCAUCAGAUGGGGCAAUGGUUGCAAGAGGAGAUCUUGGGGCAGAGCUGCCUAUUGAGGAGGUUCCUUUGUUACAGGAAGAAAUCAUCAACAUUUGCCGAAGUAUGGGAAAAGCUGUCAUUGUUGCUACCAACAUGCUGGAAAGCAUGAUUGUCCAUCCCACCCCAACACGAGCAGAGGUAUCAGAUAUUGCGAUUGCUGUUAGAGAGGGUGCUGAUGCUGUUAUGCUUUCUGGAGAAACAGCUCAUGGAAAGUUUCCCUUGAAAGCUGUCAAAGUUAUGCACACUGUGUCGCUACGGACUGAAGCUACUAUUGUUGGUGGUGAAACCCCUCCAAAUCUAGGCCAAGCCUUCAAGAACCAUAUGAGUGAGAUGUUUGCUUUCCAUGCAACGAUGAUGUCCAACACUCUUGGAACCUCCAUUGUUGUCUUCACUAGAACUGGUUUCAUGGCCAUCUUACUGAGCCAUUAUCGUCCUUGUGGCACUAUAUUUGCUUUUACAAAUGAUAAGAAAGUUCAACAGAGACUGGCUUUGUACCAAGGCGUAUGUCCAAUAUAUAUGGAGUUUUCAGAGGGUGCAGAGGAGACCUUCACUAAUGCAUUGUCCUUGUUGCAGAAGCAAGGGAUGGUGAAGGAAGGAGAGCAGGUAGCCCUUGUUCAGAGUGGCAGACAGCCAAUCUGGCGGCUCCAAUCUACUCACAAUAUCCAGGUCAGAAAAGUUUAGACAGAUGAAAAGCCUGGAACCAGCUUAGGAUUAUUAGUGUUGGACGCUUGACGCUUCAACCUUUCAGUGGAAAUAUACCUCAGUCGGUGGUGUUACAUGAAUUUUUGUGCAAGAUUGCUCGAGUCCUAUUUAUUGUAUCUGCCUCGUGCUUCGUUAUGUUGUGACCUAGGAUACCAAGUUAUGUUUUUUUUUCUUAGACACCAAUGAUACUGGCAGUUGAAUGUGAUUUUUGAAUGAGAAAAAUGUUGGAAUGAGAACUCAUUUUUCUUCCGGAACA